AUGGUGAUGGAGAAGCCGAGUGCGCAGCUGGUCGGGCUAGAGUUUGUCCGACAGUAUUACACACUCCUGAACCAGGCUCCUGACUACCUGCACAGGUUUUAUGUGCAGAACUCCUCGUACGUGCACGGCGGCCUGGACGGCAGCGGCAAACCGGUCGACGCCGUUUACGGACAAUCUGAGAUCCAUAAGAGGGUGAUGGCGCUGAGUUUCCGCGACUGUCACGCUAAGAUCCGACACGUGGACGCUCACGCCACCCUGAGCGAGGGCGUGGUGGUGCAGGUGAUGGGCGAGCUGUCCAACAACAUGCAGCCCAUGAGGAAGUUCAUGCAGACGUUUGUUCUGGCGCCCGAGCACGGCAGUGACGAGAACAAGUUCUACGUCCACAAUGACGUGUUUCGUUACCAAGACGAGGUGUUCGGCGACUCUGACUCUGAGCCUCCAGAAGAGUCUGAAGAUGAGGUGGAGGAGAUCGAGGAGAGCGCUCCCUCUGCUCCCAUCUACGACCCGACAGCCCGCUCAGAGCCGGCUGUUCCUGAUGACGAGCAGGAAGCGGCAGAACCUGAGGCGGCGGAGGAGGUCCAGGCUGUGGCUGUGGAGCUGGAGAUGCAAACAGCCGGCGACCAGACUGAGAAAAGCUCCGCCUCCGUCCCAUUGACCAGAAAAGCUGUCUCUGUGCCCGCUGAACCCGCUCCAGAACAAAACAGGCCAGUCUCCUGGGCAACAGUCGCCAGUAAAAACCUCCCUCCCAAAGGGGCCGGCUCAGUCUCGAGAAUCCCCCCACUUGUUGUCAAAUCCUCUCCCACAGCACUGCCCCGGGCAGAAGUGAAGCAAGAGUCUCAGACAGCGACACAGAGACCGCAGAGAGACCAGCGGCCGAGGGAACAGAGGCCUGGAGGAGGUCUUCCAUCGGUGCACAGAGGACCCAGACCAGUGCGAGAAGGUGAGCAGGGCGAGGCCGAGGGUCGCAGGGGGGUCAGGUAUCCCGACGCUCACCAGCUGUUUGUGGGCAACGUCCCGCACGACGUCGAGAAGAACGAACUCAGGGAGUUCUUUGAACAGUUUGGUACGGUCCUUGAGCUGAGGAUCAACAGCGGAGGAAAACUCCCAAACUUUGGUUUUGUGGUGUUUGAUGACUCUGAAACUGUCGAGGAAAUCCUCAACAACAGGCCCAUCAGGUUCAGAGGCAACAUCCGGCUUAACGUGGAGGAGAAGAAGACCCACUUGCCCAGAGAGGGCGAACGGCGUGACGUGAGGCCCCGGGGUCCUGGGAGCCCCAGCAGCCCCAGGGAGCGAAUAGGAGGGGGCGGAGCCAAACCCAGCUUUAGCUCCAGUGAUGGCCGCUACGCUGCUCAGCGUCAGUGA